CAAUUUUACGUUUUAUAGGGUCUAAAAUGCAAAUAAACCGCAUAAGUAUGUGAUGUAAGAAAGAGCUGAGUAGAGCUGAUGAGCCAGAGAUGCGGCAAAAAUGAACACCAACACCACCAUGAACCACCGCUUCGCCGCCGCGGCAGAAGAUCUCGACGUCCACGAAUCCCCGGCCCCACCCACCACCACCUCCACCCACCCCUUCCAACCCCAACCCCAGCGCCGCCCCCGCGGAUUCGCCGCCACAAACUCCAACAACAACAACACCACGGCCACCACCACCAGCGGCGGCACUCCGACCAAAAGCAGGAAAGAGAGGGAAAAGGAAAAGGAGAGGACGAAGCUCCGAGAACGGCACAGGAGAGCCAUCACGAGCCGAAUGCUCGCCGGCCUUCGGCAGUACGGGAACUUUCCCCUCCCCGCCCGCGCCGAUAUGAAUGACGUCAUCGCCGCCCUAGCUCGCGAAUCUGGUUGGACCGUAGACCACGACGGCACCACCUACAGGCAUUCCUCCCCUUCUCCGAUGCAGCCGCCGCCUAUUGCUCAUUUCAAUUCCGUUCAACAGAAUAAUAGCAACGUCCCCAAUGUGGGAGCACAUCCAGUUCUGUCAGGUGAGAGCCCAUUAUUUUCCGGUUCUCCGAAAAAUUGUUCCAUGAGAUCAGCACUCGACUGUCAGCCUUCAGCUCUUAGACUCGACGAGAAUCUUUCGCCAGCAUCUCUUGAUUCCGUUGUUCCGGAUAGGGACGGAAAAGUUGAUAAGUAUUCAAUUACCAGUGCCAUAAACUCUUCCGAAUGUUUGGAUCCAGACCAGUUUGUGCAUGCCAAUGGUAUUUCUGGGACCUCCUAUAUCCCUGUUUACGUUAGGCUUUCUACUGGCUUGAUCAACAAUUUCUGCCAGUUGAUGGAUCCCGAAGGCGUUAAAGAAGAGUUACAGCAUCUGAAGUCUUUACGUGUUGAUGGUGUCGUUGUAGAUUGUUGGUGGGGCAUUGUCGAAGCGUGGUCGCCGAAAAAAUACGAAUGGGCUGGAUACAGGGAACUCUUCAACAUUAUCCGAGAAUUUGGGAUGAAAUUGCAGGUGGUAAUGGCUUUUCACGAAUAUGGAGGAAAUGAUUCUGGCGGCAUUUUCAUAUCCCUACCUCAAUGGGUUUUGGAGAUUGGAAAAAGCAAUCAGGAUAUAUUCUUCACAGACCGUGAAGGAAGAAGAAACACCGAGUGCCUCUCGUGGGGCAUUGACAAAGAACGAGUACUAAGAGGAAGAACAGGCGUAGAGAUGUACUUUGAUUUCAUGAGAAGCUUCCGAACUGAGUUCGAUGAUCUAUUCACCGAAGGCCUUAUUUCUGGUGUUGAAAUUGGAUUAGGAGUUUGUGGAGAGCUCAAGUACCCCUCCUUUUCCGAAAGGAUGGGAUGGAAAUAUCCGGGCAUCGGUGAGUUUCAGUGUUAUGAUAAAUAUUUAUUGCAAAAUCUCGAAAAAGCUGCAAAACUGCGUGGGAAUCCGUUUUGGGCUAGAGGGCCAGAAAAUGCUGGGCAUUAUAAUUCAAAGCCACACGAAACUGGAUUCUUCUGUGAGAGAGGUGACUACGAUAGUUACUAUGGACGCUUCUUCAUGAAUUGGUACACGCAGAUCUUAAUAGACCAUGCAGAUAACGUUCUGUCCCUUGCAAGUCUUGCAUUCGAGGAAACACUAAUACUUGUCAAAAUUCCAUCGGUUUACUGGUGGUACAAGACAACAAGCCAUGCUGCAGAGCUUACAGCUGGAUAUUAUAACCCUUCUAACCAAGAUGGAUAUUCUCGACUAUUCGAAGUGCUGAAAAAGCAUCAAGUUACUAUGAAAUUCGUCAUCUCAGGACUGCAUGCUCCAUAUCAAGAAAUCGACGGGGCAUUUUCCGAUUCAGAAGGCUUGAAUUGGCAGGUUCUUAACUCAGCAUGGGACCAAGGGCUGAGUGUUGCUGGUCAGAAUUUGCAGCCAUGUUAUGACAGAGAAGGGCUUGUGAGGCUGGUCGAGACUGCAAAACCAAGAAACCACCCUGAUUCUCGUCAUUUUUCCUUCUUUGUUUUUCAGCAGCCUUCGCCUUUGAUCCAAAGAACUAUUUGCUUAUCGGAAAUUGACCACUUUAUUAAAAGCAUGCACGGUGAAGUCAGUAGCUGACUGAAGAUCAUAUUUAUUUUGCUUUUUCUUGGAAUUGUAAAAAUGUAUUGCUAAUAUUAAUAGUUGUUGUGAUUUAUUUUUUAGGUUCACAAUAUUAGUUGUAAUUUCGAAAGAGUAUGUGUAAAUACUCUCGUGUGUUGAAUCGCAUUCGAACUGCUGCUUGAGUUGGCAUCAUGUAAAAGACAGCACCAUUGCUUCGAACGAACACAACUCGACUUUGUGUUGGUUUUCUUUCCUAA